AUGCCUCCGCAUCCGAAGGUCAUCAUUGGCGGGAAGCUGAGCGACUUUUGCUCUAAUAAGUGCAAAGAAGACACAUUUGGCUCGGCUCCUGUCAUCUUGAACAUCAAAGAGGAUACGGCGGACUUCAAAGAUGUGUCGAAGCAAUUCAAAGACCAUUGGAAGCACCCCACUACUGUGCCCACGGUGGUCAAGAUGUGGAAGAUCUACUCCAACAAACAGCACACUGACGGCUUCUACUCGUACAAGCUCGCUGUCGAACGCAGGACUGGUAUCGCAGGAGGGAACAGCAGGCGGCGGUGGCACGGCACAAUCCGGACCUGCACUAUCGGCGACAGCGAGAACCUGGCUACUCUGUGCCAGGACGCCAACUGCUCGCUCUGCAGAAUCAUCCAAUCCUCCUUCCGUGUCGAUAAAGCCUGCGCCCGAUUCGGAGGUCGGUUCGGCAAGGGAAUAUACACCUCCGCAACGUCGUCGAAGUCGAACGACUACGUCAAAGUACUGGGAGGAUCGCCACACAAGGCGAUGCUACUCAAUGACGUCGUGUUGGGCAAGACAAAGAAGUUGACGACUAAUAACUCAGGUCUGACUGAGCCACCGCAAGGCUACGAUUCUGUCGUCGGCGAGCCUGGUGGCGUCUUGAAUUACGACGAGGCUGUUGUCUACAAGAACGAAGCCAUUCGGCCCCUGUUUCUGAUCAUCUACAAAGGCUAA